ACUCUUCCAUAAGCCAUCGCAAGUCGAAACAAGUCAGGCUCAGAGAGGCUCUUGCGGUUGUUGUUUUAGCUUUUUUGAAGUCGCGCUAAAUUUGUUGCGAGUAGAUUUGCAAUUGCAAUUUAUUUCGCACGCGAGCGAGUCUGCUCUCAGUGGCGUGCUAGGCAAAACAGAUAGGCAAAAACCCUUGCGCGUGAGCGCCUGCAAGCGUGCCACCCAGUGCAAGGGAAGAAAAAUAAGCAAAGGAACAAGUUUGAAUUGUGGAAGUAACGGCGGUGUUUCCGUGCGGCUCUUCAGUUACACAACAUUUGAUGUGCUUGAACCAACUCGUCUUUAUCCCGUGACUUCACUAACAAGCUUGUGUGUCAUGGAGCCAGCGCUGAAACGAGAGCUCAAGGGCCUCAAGGGACGCAUCACCGGCAUCCACUUCAGUCCGGAUGACAAACAGAUGGCGGCCAGUUCAGCCGACCACUCGGUAAUGAUGUGGCACCUCAGCGAAGACAAGCGGGCACUUCGGUUUGCUGGUCAUACGGGUGAAGUAUAUGGCAUCCGAUUUGCACCCUCAGGUAACCUCCUGGCGUCUGCUUCCAGGGACUGCACUGUGCGCUUUUGGUUCAUCAACAGGAAGGACGAAAGCCAAGUCUUGCGGGCGCACACUGCAGCCGUGCGGUCACUGGACUUCGCUCCCGAUAGUCUUUCGCUUGCCACGGCCUCGGAUGAUAUGACCGUCAAGGUGUGGUCAGUACAGCGUCAGCACCUGCAGCAGACCAUCCCAGUGCACAGCAACUGGGUCCACUCAGUGAGGUACUCCCCAGAUGGCCGUCUCCUGGCGACAUGCAGUGACGACAAGACCUUGUGCAUCUGGGACACAGUGUCCAAAACAUAUGUGCACUGUUUUGCAGACAGCAAAAAGCAGCUGCGUUGUGCCGAGUUCCACCCGGAUGGCAUGACAGUGGCCGUGGCCGGCAAGGACACUGCUGUUCGUGUCUAUGAUGUGCGUAACAAGCGCCUCCUGCAGGAGUACAACGCUCACGAGGGUAUCGUAAACUCCCUGCACUUCCAUCCGUCGGGUGACUACCUAGUGACCGGUGCAAGUGACUCACUCACAAGGGUCUUCGACGUGCUCAAGGGCCGGCUGCUGUACACACUAGUCACACACAUGAAACCAGUGCACGCUGUUUGCUUCUCGCAUGAUGGAAACCACUUUGCCACAGGAGGUGACGAUUGCCAGGUGUUCCUGUGGAAAAGCCACGACGCUGAUUCGGCUGCAGCGGAGCAGUCCGGCAGUGGUGAUGCCGGCACACGGAGCAGCGAUAGUGGGGAGCCAGCGGUUGUGACCACAAUGGAGGCAGCCAAGCCAGUGGCUGCAGUGCGCUCUGUGGCACAGGUCUCUGCUCUGAACCAGUGUUCCAGUGACCAGAGGCAGGAAGUGACCCCUUCUGCCAAUGGGUCCAGUUUCGAAGCCAGGCUUGAGCUAGUGGUCAGUCAACUGACUGCCCAAAUGGAGCAACUCAGCCAGGCCGUGGCUACUCUAAACUCAAAAGUGACGGCGCUCGAGUCAGUUGUGAAGGAGCAGCAGCAGCUGGAUCAGCCUAAGCCAAGUCCGCCGAAGCACAAUGGUGCCACCUGUGCCGACUGACCUCCCUCGGCCAUCCUUCAUCAUCCUCAUUUGGGUGGGACGUGACAGUGGACUUGCUUAAGCCCCACCAGUGACUUGUGUGUACCGUAAAAACCCGCAUUUAAUAUAGACCACGAAUAAUACAAGGCGAGAUUUGGGGAUAGCAAAAAGUAAAAGUUUCGUCCGCAUAUAAUAUGAGGGAAGCAAACUCAGCGAAAACAUUUAUUUGCAUUGGACUUCUCGCUUCAAUCAUCGUUGACCUCUGCUACACUAGCACUGUCUUAGACAAUUCCUCGUCCAAGAACUUUUUUCAGAUAUAGUCAUUGUCUGUGCCAUUGAGCACGUUCAGAACGCCACACUUGUUAAAAGCACGACACAGAAGGUCCUCUGGGAUUCUCACCCAUGCCAGAUCAACAGUGGUGCCUAGAUGGCACCCCCUGUAUGCUAGAGAAUGAUGGUAACCAUGCAGCAGCUACAAAACCAUAGCUUUGAGCCCCGUGUCUGGCUGAAAUUUUGGUUUUGAUCCGUAUAGUAUGUGGUGGAAAUUUGAGAUGUCAAUUUGUAAAAAAAAUCCUCGUAUUAAUGCAGGUUCUUACGGUACUUUAGUUUUUAGCAGGCAGUUUGACAUCGCAGUUUGACACCAAGCACUGUGUUGGGUGUCAGAAGCUACCGAGUAAAAUUAAUAAAUUCUAUAAAACUUUUUAAA